AUGCAGAAUUCCACCAAUGACGACGUCAAAUGGCCGGACUGGUUGUUCCAGGGAACUCACGAAAGUGUAACGAAACAACAGCAGUGUCCGGAUUUCGGAAGAGCGGCCCCGCAUAACCUGGGGGCGGUGGCUAAGCUUGUGGGCCCCCAGAUCGAUAGCCUUGGCGCCCUGUGGGGGGCUGUUGGUGCGUGGGAUUACCACCGGGCCGGUCGUGGUGUUUGCAUGACUGCAAUCCGUUACAGCGUUGCAUGCAUCAAUAAUACGUGGGUAAUACUAUAUUUCGCAACGCCCUAUCUGAGGGAUUCGAAAGUUCAAUGGCCUCUACGGCCGCAGAACCAACAAUGCUCGAUGGAUAAGCAUUCCCUGCAUACAAAUCCCUAG